CAGCAGGGAAAUCUAGAUAGAUGGAUUUAUUCGAUGUAUUACUCCAAGCCGGUCUGUUCACUACUGCUGUGGUGUUUUAUUUAUUAUUCGUAAGAAAGCCGACGAAAACGAAAAGAUACUAUCGAGAACCUGGAUGGAAUUAUCUUCUGAAACUAUUCUUGGCUCGUUUUGCUGUAAGGCGAUGGAAAUCAAAACUGCCUUCACGAGAAUUAAGUGAAACUCCCCGAAGGGAACUGAAGCUUGGUACGGAUGAUAUCACACUACGAGCUUCAUCAUCUGACGGAUCUUCUAUUUUAUUGAGAAUACGCAGAUUGUGUGGCCGAAAAAACAUAGCCGAAGUUGUAUUAUAUCUUCAAAUACAUGAUGGCACCAGAUACAAAUUACCGCAGCACCCCGAAACAGCUAUUGCUGAGUGGAUCAGUACGCAAGAUGGAUGGAGUGCUGGUGGACUGAAGAUACAAAUAUUAGAAUCGCAGACGAAUAUAAGGAUCAUCUACAAUGGGCUUCUUACACGACUUACUGACAACGUUACUCAGCAUGUUAAGCUCAAUCUCCUAUGGGCAUCAGCAACUAGAGUUGUGCGACACCCAGAGGACUGGAGUGUUCAGCUCGCGGCAGAAGCAUUGGCUCUGGAACCUUGGCAGGAUGGCAGUUGGCCGCAAAUGCUCAACAAAUGCGUCGGAGGUUCUGGCAGUUGGAUGCAAUGGGGAGCCAUUCAAGGUCGCUUUCAAUCGUUUGAUGCAAACGGCGCUAUAGACAAAAGCGAAUACCUACGUCUACGUGGAGCUAAGGAGCGGAGUUGGUCCCCUGACAGUAAGGUUCUAAGGCGGAAGGUCACAUUGACUGCAUCUGCGAGCGAUGGGACCGCGGUACAGAUCCGUGCCUUCUCGUACUAUAAGAACUUCACACAGUGCAUUUCAGGAAAUGUGCGUUUCCCCAAUUUCAUGGUGAAAAGCAUAACUUCAACCGACUUGGUCUUGUCUGAUUUUUGCGAGGGUGCCAAUCAAAUACCAAACACCUAUACUAUUAACAUUUGCACAUCAGACAGCCGCACUUUCAAAGUAAUACUUCGGAUAAGCAAGGAUGGCGGGCGUACUUUUAGUGGUGUGCCACGCCAACAAGAAGAAGUGUACCGGAAUUGCGCUGUUGAAAUUAACGGAGAACACGGAACUGGAGUUCUAGAGCUUGCAUAUGACAAAUUAGGCACAGAAUCCACAUCAGCGACACCGCCUCAUAUUAUACCGCUUCCCGUAUUGAAGUGGCUUGACGAGGUGGAAGCUGGGAAUACAGAUUAUUGUCUGCCCUUCGAUGCGAGAGCCGCUACUUGUACUAACUACGUCGGAGGAAAAGGAGCAUCGCUUGCUCUAUUGGCUUCAGUACAAAGCAAAGAGGGGUACACUGUCCCGCCCGGAUUUUGCGUUACUAAUAAUGCCCUUAAUAAACACCUUGAAAGAAAUGCUACGCUAGUAAAAGCUAUCUCGGAAAUAGAGAGCGCCAACGAGGAUUAUAAGGAGAGCGUUUUUAAGGAAAAAUGUGAAAAAACAGUUAGCUUAUUUGUGACAACCGAAAUAGUUGAAGAUGUAAAAGCUAAAAUAUUAGAAUAUUUGAAGGAACUAAGGGAGAAAGCGUCGGAUAAAACCUAUGGCCCUCAAUUACGAUUUGCUGUAAGAUCCUCAGCGAUCGGCGAAGACAGCGAGGCGCUAUCGGCCGCCGGACAAAACGAAACAGUACUAGGAUGUGUGAGCGACGAUGACGUCAUACGCGCCGUCCAAAAGUGCUGGGCAUCUAUGUUUGCUUUUACAAGCGCAUAUUACCGCAGGCAGAAUGGUCAGCCGUGCAAGUGCGGUGGUGGGGUGGUGGUGCAAGCCUUGGUAGCGCCACGAUCCGCCGGCGUCAUGUUCACCCGGCACCCGCACCACGGAGAUCCCUCCAGGAUCCUUAUCACGGCCAACUAUGGCUUGGGAGAGAGUGUGGUAUCUGGAUUAGUCGAACCGGACACCAUAAUCGUAAAACGUGGAAUAGACGCUAGCUUAUCAAUUGACAAGGUCGAACUUGGUUCGAAAACACACAGAGUGACCACGUGUAAGGAUGGCGUUAGUUCGGAAAGUAUUCCAGAUUCUGAACGAACCAAAGCGUGCUUGUCAGAAUCGGAGAUAAUGAGACUAGCUCAUAUUGCUGUAUCCCAAGAAACACUUUGGGGUGCUGGAAGGGAUAUAGAGUGGGCUAUUAAUGAUGACGCAAUAUUCCUUCUGCAAGCUCGGCCCAUCACAUCCCUGGAGAGAUGGACGGAAGAGGAGUUGCUGCAUGAAUUGGACUUCCCGAUAAUGUCCGACGACGAGCUCGUCACUUUCGCAAACACCGGAGAGGUUCUGCCUAAGCCGAUGACCCCUUUGAGUUACGACAUGGUAUAUCGUCCUCUGGAGAGAGGCAUUGCAUCGUUGAUGAUAGCAAACGGCGACGGUUAUGAUAAAAAUAUUAUUAUCACGCACAAUCGAUGCGCUAUUGCAUUAUACAACUCAGUGUAUCGACGAGUUACUAAAGAGAUUGAUAUUAACAUGCGAAUGUUGGAAAUGUCCAUCCACGGGCACAAGGUAGCUGAUGAUGAAAUUCACCAAACAGCGUUACACAGAAGGCAACCUCUUUUUACGGACAAAUUAUUUACUAUUCUGGAUAUGAUAAAGAGCAUGAUAAUUUCAAAGCGGGCGAUGAAUGACACAAUCAAGCGUGUAAAUAAGAUGAAUCUUAAAGCCGAAACGGAUGAUCCACUGGAAUUGUUUAACAAGAUAAUGGGAGCGGAGAAGGAUAUGAUGAGGUACACUAAUAAUCACGGAAUAACGAGCGUAGCUAGCACUUUCACCCAGUUUAUAGCUAUGAGUGUGCUGCUAGAAGAUAGAGAAGAUAAAUUAGAUUUCUCACCUGAGGCGUGUUACGAAAUCGGCAAAUUAUUAAGUUCUGGAGACGUGUUGUCUGCGGAGGUGCCACACGCAUUGGCCAAACUUGCAAGCGACCUGGAAGAAUCCGGUAAAUUAACGGAAUUCCGAAAUCAGGAUCCGAACACGGCCAUGGCGUGGCUUGAGCACAAUUUACCAAAUGUGUACGACGAUGCUUGCAAAUUCUUGGACCAGCACGGGCAUAGAGCUAUUAUGGAGUUUGACUUGGCAACGAAGCCGUGGAUAUUGGUACCCGCUGAGUUAAUGAAAGUGCUUAUGCACAUAAAACCAACAAAGGAAGAUCGUCAAAACAAAAGUAGUGAUGAAAUCAUUGCUUCUCUAAAAACACCAAAAAAGUCCAGCACGAGAAAAGUCCUGCGAUGGAUUCUUCCGUUGUGUCACCGUGCAGUACGCCACCGGGAGGCCACGAAAGCGCAUUUGAUCCUUGCUGUCCACAAGGUUCGCCUGGCAGCUCUGAGCCUCGGUCGAUUACUCGUACAGAGCUGGUUCUUACCACAUCCAGACCUGGUGUUUUACUUUCGAGUGCACGAACUUAGGGAAUACAUCACCACAAGAGAUCCAUCUUUAUUAAAAAAAGCUUUCCAACGUCAGCAGUGUUAUCCAGGAUGGUGUAGACUGAAAUUCCCAGAAAUUAUCAAAGGUUGGCCUCAGCCUCUUACCAUAGAGAAGCCACAAAUUACAACUGGAGAAGUGAGAUUAGAAGCGACAUCUGUUUGUGGAGGAGAGGUUAUUGCUAGAGCAUGUGUUGUUAAGGAUCUUUCAGAGAUUAGCCUCUUACAACAGGGCGAUGUGCUCAUAACGCAUGCGACGGACAUUGGAUGGUCGCCGUACUUUCCCCUAUUAUCAGGCAUCGUUACGGAAUUAGGAGGACUUAUAUCACAUGGAGCAGUAAUAGCGCGUGAGUACGGUUUGCCUUGCAUCGUUGGCGCAACGCACGCGACGGAUUUGUUCAAAACGGGAGACAUGGUGCGUCUCUCAGGAAUCGAGGGGCUCGUGGAGGUCAUCAGUAUAACAGAGAAAGAGAAAACUGAUGCCCCCAAAUAAGAUACUCACACAAUUUGCAAAGACCCUCUAGAUGAUAUAAUUUGAUAACGGACCAACCUUGUCAUUCUGGACUAACGCGGAACGCCGCGUUCAAAAUGUCGAAAUCCGGUUAGAGACCUAUUUAUAUAGUCGACGAAAUAUAGACAAAACGUUUCAAACUGGCUUUACGUUAUAAAGACGUUAUUAAAAAGGUACGUUUUAAAAACAGUGCCAUCUGUGUGUUAGCCUUAAAAGCAACACAAGCUAAGUAUACUGAAUAUUGUAGAUUUUUAAACCCACAGAAACACCUGGCUGGGUAAAGUUCUAGUAUUAUACAAAGGGCAAACAUAAUUGAUAGAUGAUUGUCCGUUCACAUAAUAUUGUAAUAUUAGUAUUACCAUUUUUAAGUAAUACAUAUUUCGUAUCAUUUUGA